GCGGGCGCUGCCGGGGCGGGCUCGUCGGCGCCGUCCUCCCUCCGGAAGUCUCUCCCGCUCCCUCCUUUCUCCUCCUCUCCCCCGACAACAUGGCCGCGAAGUCGGACGGCGGCGGCGGCGGCGGCGGCGGCGGCGGCGCUGGCGGCGGCGGCGGCGGCGGCCCGGCCGUGAGGCUGGAGAGCCCGGAGGGAGUCGGCGGGGGGAGACGAACGGGAGGAGGAGCGGCCCCCCCGGCGAGACGAUACCGGUUGCGGGACGGCUGCUGGGUGCUCUGCGCCCUCCUGGUCUGCUUCGCGGACGGUGCCUCGGACCUGUGGCUGGCGGCCCACUACUACGUGCGGGGGCAGCGGUGGUGGUUCGGGCUGACGCUGCUCUUCGUGCUGCUGCCCUCGCUGGUGGUGCAGCUGCUCAGCUUCAGGUGGUUCGUCUACGACUUCGCCGCCAGCACCAAGGACAGCGCCGGCAGCACCAAGGACAGCGCCCGCGGCCCCCGCGGCUGCUGCCGCCUCUGCGUCUGGCUGCUGCAGGGCCUCAUCCACCUCCUGCAGCUGGGGCAGGUCUGGAGGUACCUCCGCACGCUGUACCUGGGGCUGCAGAGCCGGUGGCAGGUCGAGCACCGCCGCCGCCACUUCUACUGGCGGAUGAUGUUCGAGAGCGCGGACAUCAGCAUGCUACGGCUGCUGGAAACCUUCCUGAAGAGCGCGCCCCAGCUCGUGCUGCAGCUCAGCAUCAUGGUACAGCAGAACACCAUCGAGCCGCUGCAGGGGCUCUCGGCCUCGGCCUCGCUGGUCUCCCUGGCGUGGAUGAUCGCCUCCUACCAGAAGGUGCUGCGGGACUCGCGGGAGGACAAGAUGCCCAUGUCCUACAAGGGGGCCGUGGUGCAGAUCCUGUGGCACCUCUUCACCAUCGCCGCCCGCGCCAUCGCCUUCGCCCUCUUCGCCUCCGUGUUCCAGCUCUACUUCGGCAUCUUCAUCGUCACCCACUGGUGCAUCAUGACCUUCUGGAUCAUCCAGGGUGAGACGGACUUCUGCAUGUCCAAGUGGGAGGAGAUCAUCUACAACAUGGUGGUGGGCAUCAUCUACAUCUUCUGCUGGUUCAACGUCAAGGAGGGACGGAGCCGCUACCGCAUGUGCAUCUACUACGUCAUCACGCUGUCGGAGAACGCCGCCCUCACCAUCCUCUGGUUCCUCUACUACGACCGCAAGACCACCUCCGACUUCGACGCCUUAAUCCUUGUCUGCGUGGUCAGCUCCAGCUUCGCCCUCGGCAUCUUCUUCAUGUUCAUCUACUACUGCCUCUUGCACCCCAACGGCCCCAUGUUCAGCCCCCGUGUCGGCGGUUGCAUUUUCCGGCAGCGGCCGGCCCCGGCGCCGGGGUCCCCCGCGGACGCCGUCACCAGCCCCCCCCGCUCGCUGCCGCGGACUACAGCGGGGGAGCGGGACGGGGCGCCGGGGGAGCGGGACAGCUGCGUGCCCGUCUUCCAGGUGAGACCCGCCGCCCCACCGGCGCCGGCCGCCCGCGCCCCGCGGACAGAGGGGCCCGUCAUCCGCAUUGACCUGCCCAGGAAGAAGUACCCGGCCUGGGACGCCCACUUCAUCGACCGGCGCCUGCGGAAGACCAUCCUGGCGCUGGAAUACGCGUCGCCCACCACCCCGCGCCUGCAGUACCGCACGCCCGGUGCCCCCCAGGAGGUGCUGGAGUACGAGACCACCGUGUAGGGCGGGAGGUGCGGGGCCGCGGCGGAGCCCUCCCGGUGCCAUCCCGGCCGUCCCACAUCUUCGCAGCCAUUUGCCUUUCGGUUGGGUUUGCCGGCGCUGCCGUGCCGCCGCAGCGAGCGCCCCGCGGGCGGGGGCCGGGGAGGUCUUUUGGUGCUAUCCCCCCCCGCGCCACCCUCCCGCAGCCGAGACCCGUGUCCCACCCCACGGCGGCCGCCCCGGCUCCCCCCGGGGCUCGUCCUUGCCAAAAUACCUCACCGGUGCCUGAGCCCAAGGCGGUGGGUGCUGCGGCCCCGCAGUGCUCGACCGUGUCAGUGGUGCAGGAUGGGGACUGGGGACACCGUGGGCUGGGGGCCGGCAGCUGCGAGGGGCUUGGGGCACGGUGGGGCACGGCGCGGCCCAGGUGGGUGGCACACGGGGACGUGGGUGCCUGUGCCGUGGCAGCACCGUGGGGCUGGAGCGCAGCUGCACUGUGGUAUGUGUGGGGCUCAUCACCCCCAGAAAGCUGGGGCAGGGGACAGCCGGGACCCGGCCAGCCCCCCCAUGUCUCCUACUUCCCCCACACCCUGCGGUGCCAGCCCCAGGGGGGGCCCCUUCAUCUCCAUCCUUGGUCCCCCCAGCUCAGGGUCGAGCCACGUUCUCAACCCCACAGGGUCCCUGCUGCCCUGUGGGGCACAGACCCUGGCCCGGGGGGGGGCCCCUCAUGGGUGGGCACGGACCCUGCUCCCCCUGGGUCUGAGCUGGGCCCCCGUCUCUGGCCGGGAUGGCGGCACCCCAUCAUCCCCCCUGUCCCCACGGGAACCGCUUCGUCUCAUCGGGUUUGUUUUCACCUGAAUGGUGACAUUUUGUGUGACAUUUUCUACCUCCGCUGCGGCCAGGGAGGGGGGCAGGGCCUGGCUGGCACUGCUGCGGGGGGCGUGUGGGGCCGCCGGCGUUCCCGGCGCUCCCCAAAGCGGGAUUUACCCCCAGCCAUUCUCCCCUCCCGGGUUUGGCAUUGCUUCCCACCCGGGAGCGUUUCCAUUCACCCCCCUCAUUGGCAUCAGCCCCAUCCAGCUCCCCCAUAUAAACCUAAGCCGGGAUCCUGCCUCCCCCCCCCGCCUCCCCCCUGCCUGCCCAGAGGAGCAGGGCUGCCCUGGGCUCCGGGUUUGAAUGUGUCCCUGGUCCUGCCCGGAUCCGUUGGCUUGCCCCUGCCCGAAGGACUGUGCCGAAUGUACCCUGUGCCCCCCCCCGGGGCCAGGCGUGCGCCAAGGCGGGGGGGGGGGGGUGUGUGUGUGCGUAUGCGUGUGUUCGCGUAUGUGUGCGUGCGUGUGCGUGCAGGGGGCUGGCAGGGGGUUGCAGGGCAGGGACCACACGGCCCCAUGCCCCCUGCCCCUGUGCCUUCCCCGUACCCGCUGUGCCCCCCGCCACGGCCCCGCGGGGUCCCGGCCUCCGGCUGCCCCGUGCCGCGGUGCCAAGCCCUGCCCCGAGCCGGGGAGCGUGGGCAGCCCCGCCGGCCCCACCGUGCCACGAGGCACCGCGCGAGGCACCGUGCCGGCCGCGGGAAGGGCUCCUACCGGGAAUCUACCCCCGGGAAUGGCUCUGGCUGCUGCCCGCUGUGCCGGGGCGCUGGGUCCCCGAGGGCUGGCGUGGGCGCCCGGUCCUGUGGCAUGGCCGGGGCGGGUGGGUGCACGGUGUGGGUGGCAUCACGUUGCUUUUGUUUCCCAUUUCUCUGUAGCUGGAAGGCCGGGGUGACAGCGGGCUGGGGCGGGCUGUCGCUGGGGUCGCUGGUGCUAACUGGUGCUAACUGGAAGCCUUGGAAACCCUUUUGGAGGAGGGUGCAGAGCAUGGCUGGGGCUGGGCAGCGGGCUGGGCCCCCCGUGACCCGCACCUCCCCUUCGCCGCAGGUAACGGGCAGACCCCGGCGGUGGGUGCUGACCGCAGUGCCGGGUGCGGGGUGGCUCUGCGGGGGGGUCUCUUAUCCUCAGGGAAGGUCGGGGGCAGCGGCUGGGGGAGGCGGGCUGGGGCCAGGGCUCACCGCUGCAGCAGUCAAGAGGCAUCGCCGCAGCCCUCGCCCCGUGCCCGGGCAGCGGCUCCUCGCCGUGUCCCACUCGUGGAGCCGGGAAGCCACCGGGGAUGGGGACGGGCCACAUGGGGACAGGGUGCCAGCAGAGCGGCUCCUCUGGGCUCCCCCCCUGCCCCAGCCCCUCUCCAUGUCUCCCCCCGAGAGCAGAGAGGAGCCGCUGUUUGGGGUGAUCUGCACCCCUCCGUGCCCUUCACCCCCAGGGUUUGCGUGGGGACCCCGGGGCUGCGCCGGUGGGACAGAGGGACACUUUUCUAUGCACUCAAGCCACGGUACCCUCAGCCCUGGGCUGCCCUGGGCAGGGAUCUCAGCAGCAGCAGGCAGCACCGAGCCCCUGCCCGUGCGGUGCUGCCCUGCUCGGCGUGGGGAGCCCGGCCGUGCGUGGGGCUCGGGGGCAGCCACGGGUCCCGCUCCCAGCCCCGGGGCUCGGACACCCCUGGGAAGCCAAACCCAGCACCACGGUGCCAGCGGCAGCACCGGCGUGGCAGCGCCUGCCCAGCAGGGCCACGGUGAAGGGGUGAGACCUGGGGCCAAGCCGGGCACUACGGGACGGGGGCAGCUCUGGGGGUGCUCAAGCUCCCACUGGGGACGGGGAUCCUGGUCCCUGGGGGUGUCACCCCCAGGGGUGGGCAGCGGGGCCACCCUGGCUUCAGGGAGCGGGGAGAGGUUUGGGCCGGGGCCCGACCCCGUUUACCCUCGGCCGGGGCCGUUCGUUCCCAGCGGGGGCUGCCGGGGGGGUCUUGGCUACGUCCCUGGCCCCCCCCGUCCCGGUGCCGGGACUUGGCGGCCGCUGUCACGUACUGUAAAUACUCUGUGUGCCACCUUCUUCUCUGGGACCCUCGGCGCGGGCAGGGUGGGGGGCGAGCGGGAGGCCGGGGUCCGUACCGAGACUUUUUUGUAUACCACAAACUUUUUGUAUAUUUUUAAUUUUGCUGCAACAUGAGAUAUUAAAUUCAUUUCAAUAA